UCUCUCUCUCUCUAAAGAUCGCUCCUUUUUCUCUCUACCCUUUUAGAUUCCUUCUUGGGUUCUUCUCUUAUCCUCUCUUAUCUCUCUCUCAAUCCGCAUCCCCACAUACAUUUCAUUUCAUUUCAUUUCUGUAUAUAUAUAUAUACAGAGAGAGAGAGAGAGACAUGGUAACCGAAUCUCAUCUGAUAAUUUAAUUAUGGAUCCGAUUCUUCAUUAUGUACCCAAAACGCUAAUCGAUUUCCUCGGAGUGUUAUCGGCGAUCGAUGAUAUCACAGAGAGAUCUUCGAAAUUAGAUGGGUUUGUAGAGAUGUUAGAACAAGAGAAGAGGAAAAUCAAUGCCUUCAAACGGGAGCUUCCUCUCUGCAUGCGUCUUAUGGAUGAUGCAAUUCGGAUAUUGAAAGAGGCGGAAGAGAUCAGUCACUGUAGUAAGAGACGAGACCUUCAGCCGGUUGAAUUUAUACCUUUGAAGGAAAACUAUUCUAAUGGAGAAGAUGAAGAAGCCAUUGUUGAAUUAACCAAGGAUAGUAGUAUAGAUAAGAGAACUUGGCUGAGCUCUGCUCAGCUUUGGAAGAGUUGUGAUGAAUUAGACCACAAUCGGAAGCAAAAGCAAAAUUCAAUUUCACAAGGUCGCGAUGAGGAAAAGGUUCAGUCUUUAGUUGAAGAUCCAUCUAAUUCUGCUAAAAGAAAGAAACCAUUUAUGCCAUUUACUGUGAAUCGAACAAGAAACGAUGAUAAACCGGAAUUACGAGUUGCUUCUGGAUUUCCCCUUGUCGUUCCUUCAGUAAAGGGUUGUAAAAAUGAAUCAGAUUUACAGAUUACACGGCAGCCGGUGCAGCCGACGACGACUAUAAGAAAGCAAAGGCGAUGCUGGUCGCCUGAACUCCACCGGCGAUUCGUCGAGUCCCUGCAAAAACUCGGGGGAUCCCAUGUUGCGACGCCGAGGCAGAUAAGAGAAUUAAUGCAAAUCGACAGCCUCACGAAUGAUGAAGUGAAGAGCCAUUUGCAAAAAUACCGUCUCCACAACGCUAAAAAAGCUCCUGCGGUCACGAGCGGCGAGAACCGGGCUGUGAUGAUUCUUGGUGGGCUAUUAACGGGUAAAGAUCAUGAGAAUAGUGAAUCGUGGAAACAGAGUAGCAGUUCCCAAUCUGAAUCCCCACAAGGUCCUUUCGAUUCUGCUGUGGGAACGAGCGCUGAGGAAGAAGACGAUAGAUCAGAGAGCUGUGGCUGGAAAAACCAGAUCUUUAUAUAAUAGAAACAACAACAACAACAACAACAGAAUCAAUGAAUGGCUGCUGAAAUAAGAAAAGUUUUGCCGAUAAAGACUACAUCUUUCAUAAACUGUUUGAUAAAUGGUGUUCUCUUGCUAAAUCAAGAACCCUUUUUAAUAUUGUUAAUUUCAAGUA